UUUUAUGCAGCAUUUCUGCAUAAAAUGAGAAAUUUCAAAAGGUUCAGAUACUUUUUCAUACCACUGUAUGUGAACACGUGAAAUAGGAAAUUUACAUAAUGGUCCCUCAGUUAGGCAGGGAUGCUGCUAGUUAAAAGCAGUUCACCAUCCAUUGUACAUUUCAGUCUUCGGGUAUUUCAGUGCACAUGAUAGUGGCUGGUUACUGUUAAUAUCAUUAUUUUCAAUACAUUUUCAAUGGCCAUCAAUCAAUUCGCAGAUUUUCGUUAUGAGCAGGGAACAAGGACCGACGCAACAGCUGUAUUUAUUUUGUGUACCACUGUUUUACAAAUUGUUCCAUGGUGAAUAAAUAACAUCAGCACUCCCUUAAAUGCAAAACCCUAUUUGAAAUAUGGCCGUUUCAACCACUUUUAUGCACCUCUGUAAGCUUUAUUUUCCUUAGAUUUCUUCUGUACUAUCAUUCCCAAUAAUUAUUUAACCUCCAGGUUCAGGUAUAUUUUGCCAGAACAUUUGUGUUAAAUUCCAAAUUAUGAAAUCAUCCUUUUAGAUGGGCCAUCUCAUACAGUACCUUCCAUCUUGUUUACCUACUGUCAUGCACAUAUGCACACAUCCUUCCCUUCCCCCUUGUUCUUGGCUCAGGCAUCAGUAACAGGCUCACUGUUAUAGGCUUAGCCAGUUCAAGUCCUCUUCUCAUCUGCCACCUUCUUGCUUGUCUGUGUUAUAUUAGGUAGAUAAAUUAGCACAGUGCCCUACUCUCUUAACGAGGACAUGGCCAUAUGACGUUUUUUCUCCUAUGGUUAAGUUAAGCAGUGUGAGACGUCGGUUAGGUUUUUUUUUUUCUGCACAAGACUCAAUGGAACCUGCUCAGAAAUCUGUUAGGUUGAAAAAUAAGUCUCAGUCGGUGGAUAUCGCCAGCCAAGGUUUCUCCCCGACUCUGAUGCCAGCUUCGCCCCUUAACAAAGCUGCCAAAAUGGUCACCGCCCUUGCGGUGCAGGAAAACAACACCACGAACUCCCAGCGCCGCAGUCCACGUUGUGGCGAACUGAAGAGAGGCUAUACUAUUGAUACUGGCCAGAAGAAGACCCCAGAGAAGAAGGAUGGGAGGCGCAUGUCGUUCCAGAGACCCAAAGGGACCAUCGAAUAUUCUGUGGAAUCGCGGGACACAUUGAACAGCAUUGCACUCAAGUUUGACACCACACCCAACGAGCUGGUUCAGCUGAACAAGCUGUUCUCCAGGGCGGUUGUGCCUGGCCAGGUUUUGUAUGUUCCUGAUCCUGAGUACGUCUCAAGUGUUGGAAGCUCCCCUUCCCUCAGUCCCAUCAGCCCUCUGUCCCCCACCUCCUCAGAAGCUGAUUUAGAGAAGGUGACGGAUUCAGAUGGACCUGCCAGACCAGAGGCUGUUCUCCCUCCAGUGUUUUCUGCCCUACGUCAAGCCAGAGUGGUUUCAUCCACCUCCGAGGAGGAAGAGGCCCUCACAGAGAAGUUUCUUAAGAUCAACUGCAAGUACAUAACUGAUGGAAAGGGUUCAGUAAGUGGGGUGUUACUGGUGACACCCAACAACAUCAUGUUUGAUCCUCACCGGAUGGACCCUCUUGUUCAGGCCCAUGGGUGCGAGGAGUAUGGUAUCAUGUGCCCUUUAGAAGAGGUCCAAUCUGCCGCCAUCUUUAAAGAGCUCACUGACCCCAAGAUCAGAGAGACUGUGCCAGAUGACUUGGAGCCUCUGCCAUCCGAGAGACAUCCUUCCCAGCAGAAGGACCAAGAGCAGUUCCUCAAAGAGCCAGGGGCCAAUGACAGUGGCAGCACUGCCCCACGCAGCACGGAGGGCUCAAUUUCAGAAGAUGUCUUCACGGAGUCUGAGCUGUCCCCCAUAAGGGAGGAAGAGCAAGCGUCCAACGAGGACGUCUGUCUGGACAAAUCGUCCGGUGCCUCAACAGAGUCUGUACAAACCGUGACACAGGGGGAGCCUACUGGCACACAGGCCCCAGGCAGUGCCUGCAGCUCAGUCAGCCAUCCUGAGGAACCUCCAGCGGCGGACGCCUCGUCCACACUAAGAGACAGUCCUCCACACACUGCCACUGAAACAAAUAUUCAGUCCCCAUUGGGAUCCAAGCAGCACAGUGAAGAGAAGCCACCAAGCACACCCACUACCAGCACCGCCACUAGCCAGGCCCAGUGCCCCAGCAGCAGCAGCAGCACCUCUCGCCCAGGUUCUCAAAGUGCAGACACCCCACUUGCCACAGACACUCUUUCCGUCACAGCCAGUCCACUGGGGGAUGUCAACGAUGGGACUGAAGACUCCAAAACAGACUCUAUGCAACAAGGGACAGUGGAGAAAGAUAAUGUAGACGAGGGAGAAAAGGGCAACACAGAGAAUUCACAGGGAUCGACAGAGAAGAGAAAGAGGCACUCACACAAAUUCCUUUGUCUACGGGUGGGGAAGCCUAUGAAGAAGACGUUUGUUUCUAAUGCCAGCGCAUCCAUGCAACAGUAUGCCCAGCAGGGCAAGAAGCAUGAAUAUUGGUUUGCUGUGCCACAGGAAAGGUCGGACCACCUUUAUGUGUUUUUCAUGCAGUGGAGCCCCGAUAUGUAUGGUGAGGGUGUAAGAGGGAUGGGGCAAGAACCUGGAUUUAUGGUUGUCAAGAAGUACGAGGCAUCAGAAAGUUCUGUGGAUGAGCCCAUCACUGACCUCAACGUCAAAGAAUGGGAGGUAGUGUCAAUGACGGAGUACCACCGUCGGAUUGAUGCACUAAACAGUGAAGAUCUGCGCUCGCUCUGCAAAAGACUUCAGAUCACUACCAAAGAGGAGGUGAACUCCAAGCAUGACACGUCCAUCAAAACUGAACUGGAGCCUGAAACAUUCAAACCAAACCUCAGAGAGCCAAGUGAUCUCCUAGAGGCUGAUCAAAUUGAGAAGCUUGCGAGGAAUCUCCCGCCGCGGACCAUCGGUUACCCGUGGACGCUUGCCUUUGGCACAACCAAACAUGGCAUGAGCAUCAAAACGCUCUACAGAGCCAUGCAGGGACAGGACACCCCUGUGCUCAUGGUCAUUAAGGACAGUGACGGACAGGUUUUCGGUGCCCUAGCGUCAGAGCCCUUUAAAAUUAGCGAUGGCUUUUACGGCACAGGAGAGACCUUCCUCUUCACGUUCAAUCCAGAGUUUGAGGUGUACAAAUGGACAGGUGACAACAUGUUCUUCAUCAAGGGAGACAUGGACUCCUUAGCGUUUGGCGGUGGAAGUGGCGAGUUCGGCCUUUGGCUGGAUGGAGACCUUUACCACGGCAGGAGUCACUCGUGCAAAACAUUCGGGAACCCCAUGCUGUCUAAAAAGGAGGAUUUCUAUGUGCAGGACAUAGAGAUCUGGGCUUUUGAGUAACACGGCAGGUGAUUGCAUCACAGGGGAAACAGACAAGUCCUGCUUGAAGCAGAGAGAGGAGCAGUCCUCCUUAGAAAAAUGGAAACGUCCCAACCCUAACUGCGCAUCACUGGGGCCAACCUAGGCCAGAAACCAGCUAUCGGAUGCUUGUUGUGCGUUACUACUGCAGUUACUCUGGAACGCUUUUUUUUUUUUUUUUUUUUUUUUUGUGAACAACUACCUUUAUGUGUAUCUUGUUACGGCCCCUUGCAACAUCUUCGCAGCAUAGGGGAAAGUUGGGCGGGCAGCGGGCAUCUCUGCUGAAAAUCUGUGUAAAGGGAUCGCGAAGGGGUACGGGUGUCCCUUGUCACCCACUCAACUUUGUCCAUUUAGUAAGACGAUACUCACCGUGCUUCAGGGAGGGAGUGAGGAGGAAAGAAGAGAAACACAUUCCUAUCCAUACGGUGACGGCAUCGCGACCGAAUCGGGCAAUCGAGUAAAACGGGAAGAGUUUAGGAACACUGAGGUGAAGUUGGGAAUUUGUUUAUUUUGUUCCAUUUUGUUUUCCUGCCACAGUUUCAACUCCACGUGGUCCUCUUGAGGCUAAACUAAUCGCGUAUUUGUGUGUGGUAGUCCUCCUGUCGUUCACUGUCCUAGCACACCAUCUGAAAGCACAUAGCUAUAACCAGAUCAGCCAUCGUCGUAAUGUUCUGUUCAGUGGGUGUACGUGUGAGUCCAGCUAACACCGGCUGUACUGUUAGUAGACAGUAACGUGUUGCAAUAGAUUUUGUGGAAUAUGCAAAUAACUGUCCCGUGACCUCAAAUAGCACCGGCGGGGCCCGCGGCACUUUGGCAGCCGCAGCCGCCCGUGGCGCUUUCAAGAGGAACGUGUAAAGCUUUCACGUCUUGAUACACAAUUUGCUUUUCCGGCCAUCGGUCGAAAAGCCUGAGACGUGCUUUUACAUCCAUAUAUGACAAUUAUAUAUCGCUAUGUAUGAUUAUAUAGGGGUGUGUAUAUAAUCAUAUAUAUUUUGCUGUUAAGUGUGACAGUGAUCUAUCUGUGCUGACAUUUCAGCUGUUACAAUAUCAUGUAUAUUACCCUGUAAAUGAUGCUAUAUAAAUAUAUAUGACGAAGUGUG